UUGACAUUAUUGGGAAACAUAACUUUUUUUGUCAAGUUGUUAUCUCUCCCCUCAAACCCCACGCAAUAAAAACCCCCAACUUUAACCAAUCUCCUAAAUCACCCAAUUUCUUUCAGUGCCAAUCCCAAAUCAAGAUCCCCCCCUUAUUUAACAACCCUAACCCCCCAAAAAUUGCCUCACACUACCAAUGGAUAUAGACUUGACCCCAACUCCCACCUCCACCAACGACACCGAAUUCGACACGCCGCCGCACACCUCCAAUCCCUUAUCCUUCACCAACGGUGCCAAGCGCCGCCAGCCCCCGCCGCCGCCCGUCGCCGUGGCCUACAAAGAAUGCAUGAAGAACCAUGCAGCCGGCAUCGGCGGCCACGCGGUGGACGGGUGCGGCGAGUUCAUGCCCCCUCCCCCGUCCACCACCGCAGUGGCCCCCGCGGCGCUAACAUGCGCCGCGUGUGGCUGCCACCGCAACUUCCACCGCCGCGACCCCGAGUCCCCCACCUCCGCAGCCAUAACCCCGCCCUUCCUUGACUUCCGCCACCCUCCCCUCCCGAAGCGCUUCUCCCUCUCGCCGCCGCCACCGCAUGUUUUUUUCGGGUUCUCUGCCGCCGACGACCACCACCCGGCGCCGGUGACCCCCACCGUGGAAAAUCCGAUCGGCCGGAAGCGAUUCCGGACGAAAUUCAGCCAAAUUCAGAAGGAAAAAAUGCGCUCCUUUUCGGUGAAAUUAGGUUGGAAAAUGCAGAAAUCCGACGAUGCGGCGGUGAAGGAAUUCUGCAACGAAAUCGGAGUUUCGAAAGGAGUGCUGAAGGUGUGGAUGCACAACAAUAAAAACAUAUGCAGAAGGGAAUCGAGCAGCGGCGGCGGCGGCGUGAAUAAUGAGAGUGUGAUGAGCUACGAGCACAGCGGAAGCGGCGGGAGCGGAGGGGAGGAGCGGAAGAGGGAGAAUAAUAACGGUAAUAUUUUCGUUGAAAAUGGAAACGGAGUUCAUCAUUUCGAUGGCUCGUCGUCUUCGCCGGCGUGAUGUGAUGUAACAUUUUUAUUAGGGAGAUUAAUUAAUUAAUGGUGUUCGCUUCUUGGUGAUUAACGGUAAUUAGUUAACCGCUGAUCGAAAGCUGGAAUAGAUUAGUACUCCUAAUUAGCAAUUAAUAAAUUGGAUUAGUGAUUUUCAACGAGGGGGAGAGGUGAUUUCAUUUGUGUUGAUUACUAAUCUUUAUUUGCUGCUGAUCUUUUUCUCUAGUUUACGCAUAUAAUGCAGUAUUAAUUGGUCAAA